UGAACGACCUUACAAAUCUUUUGGGUCGUUUAUUUAUUGACCUUCACUUGCAUGAAUGAUUUGUGUUCGUGAAUUGCAGAAAAUUAGAGGCAGCAACAGGCGAUUGUGGACUUUAAGUUGGAAUCAUAAAGGAUCUGUCUUGGUUUCCGGUGGGGAAGACAGAAUAAUCAAGUCAUGGGCUAAAUGUGACGAUGAAUCAUGGGUUAUCAGCUUCUCUCUCCCUGAGGCACACAAAAGAUCAAUUAGAUGCAUAACAUGGUCGCCAUGUGGUAACUACAUAGCCUCGGCGAGUUUUGAUGGAACAGUAGCCAUUUGGAAAGUUUUCAAAGAGGCUUCAGGGCACGAAAUGGAGGCGCUUGUGACAUUAGAAGGGCAUACUAGCGAAGUCAAGUGUGUUGCUUGGUGCCCAUCCGGUCAUCUGAUAGCAACUUGUGGUCGAGAUAAAAGUGUCUGGUUGUGGGAAUUUGAUGACGAAGAGGAUGUUCAGUGUGUAAGCGUUCUGCAGCCCCAUUCACAGGAUGUGAAAUCAGUAGCCUGGCAUCCAGACGGUGAGGUUCUGGUUUCUACAAGUUAUGACAAUAAGAUAAAUGUGUAUAAAGAGGAACUUGAUGAUUGGGCUGUUUUUGUUCAGCUAACUGGACAUGACUCCACUGUGUGGAAAGCAGAGUUUUCUCCAUCUGGAGAUAUUUUGGCGAGCUGUAGUGAUGAUCGAUGUAUUAAACUUUGGGGAUGGGAAGGAGCUUGCAGUAAAUCAACUUCGUGGGUGUGUAUUGCUACAUUAACUGGUUAUCACAUACGUACAAUUUUCGAUUUAAGCUGGUCAUCAGAUGGUCAACUCUUAGCCAGUUGUGGUUCUGAUAACAGAUUAUGCAUCUAUAAGAUGCCAUCUAGUGGUUUGAUUCAUAUUGGCGGGAAACCGUGUUUAGAAGAACCACCUAUUCUAUGGGGUUAUGUUCCGAAUGCUCAUUCAGAAGACGUAAACUGUGUACGUUGGCAACCUAAGGGUUUCAACAGCAAAAGUCAUAGCAAAGAUACAUCAGACUGUCAACUAAUUUUGACAACAGCCUCUGAUGAUGGAUAUAUCAAGUUCUGGUCCAUCAAGUGUGAUGAAUAAUCCUGUUUCUUUCACGCACCAGACGAUUGUGUUUAUUUGUAAUUGUACUAUUUUAUGAACAAUUAUCUGUACAUAUAAUUUUUACUUUUGUAGUCCUUAAAAUUGAUCUUAUUUUCAUUAUAGAUUCGAUACACAUGGUGAUUUUUACUCUUUUUCUCAUAUAUAUUUUUAGUCUACGUUUAUGAUUCAGUAAAAAUUAAAUCGGAAUGAGUAAACAUUGGUUUUGCUCCGUGUCUAAUAGUAACGAUGAGUAGUCAAAAGAAAGGAGAUAAAGGAUUCCAAGUUUGGGCUUGCCUCGUGAUGCCAUUUGAUGAUUUCCACAGUAUUUGUUCUAUCCACCAUCAGUGUCUCUUCCUAAUUUCCUUUUUAACUGGAAGCUGGUUUGUUCUCUUCUACAGUAGGUUGUUGCUGAUUGCAUCCGACCAACGAACAUUGAGUAGACAAUUAUUUAUAAAUACUUGCAUAUUUUUGAUGAUGGUUGUAUCUGUUCUCCAUGUUCCAGCUCCGUAUAGUAGGAGUGUCUUGACGUUCGUGUCGAAGAUUAUGACUUUGGUGUUGGUUGUCAGUUGUUUUGACUUCCGUAUGCUCUUUAAUUUUGGAAAUGCUGCCUUUACUUUGCCAAUCCUUGCCUUCACAUCUGCAUCAGAUUUUCCUUGUUCAUUGAUGAUGCUGCUCAGGUACACAAAACUUACCACCUCUUCCAAUGCUUAUUCAUCAAGUAAAGUUUGGUUGAUGUUCUCUACGUUGUAUUUGGGGAUCUUGAUUUUUCGACUGUGUAUGUUAAGGUCUACUGAAGCACAGGCUGCUGUUACACUGGUUGCCUUGACCUGUAUUUGUUGGUGUUUAUGGGGUAGAAGAGCUUGGUCACCGGCGAAGUCAAAAUCGUUUAGUUGCAUCCAUACCGUCCAUUAUAUUCCAUUCUUCUCCUCAGAUGUGGAGGUCUUCAUAAUGCAGUCAACCACCAGAACAAAAGAGAAAGGGAAAACGUAGGCAGAAUUGCCUGACUCCGGUCUUUACUUGGAAUCCAUCUGUCAGCUGUCUUUCAUGGACGACACUGGGAUGAAGUCCAUCGUAUGAAAUCCGGAUGAUGUUUAUGAUCAUCUUAAAGACACCAUAGUGCCGAAAACGUUUUCACAAACUUCGCCUAUCAUUACUGUCAGACGCCUUCACAUAAUCAAGAGAGUCAGUGUACAGUGACGAUUUAUAUUCAGUUGGUUAUUCAAUGGGGAUCUGUAGUGUCACGAUUCUGUCUGUGCACGACUGAUCCUUGAGGAAUCCAACCUGUUGAUCUCAAAGUUGCGCGUCUAUUGAAUCUUUCAUUCGGUUUAGCAGUACUCGAUCGAAAACGUUUUCAGGAACUGAUAGCGUUUUGAUACCUCUCGCACUUUCUGAGAUCUUUCUUUGGUAACAUGAUGAGGUGUCUUUCUUUCCAAACCGUCGGUACUUGUUCUUCCUCCAAAUAUUCCUGGAUAGAGCGAAGGGCAUGUUUGCAUUUUGACUUCAGUGCUUCAUCCGGUAGGUAUUAUGGUCCUGCUGCUUUCCCACUUGUUUUGCCUGAUAGCCGUAGUAAUUUCUCCAAUCGUUGGUGAAGUGAUUUCAGUGGGAGGGUCUAUGUAUGCUCAUUUGACAUCUGAAGAGUUCAGUGACGCUGGUCCAUUCAAGGGUUCUUCAAAGUGCUCUACUCACCUGUUCCACUGUUUUUGAAUCUCAGUGAUUAGCUUACCUUCUUUGUUCUUGACUGAUCUCUCUGGUUUAUUAUAAUUCCCUGCUAGUUACUUAAAUAUAUCAUAAAGUUGUCUCAUAUUUACAUCUCUUGUAACUUUUUCUCUGUCAUGUAUAGGUCACCCACGUAUUUCUGCUUGUCGACUCUGAUGAUCUUCUCCAGUUGUUUGAUUGCUUCUGUGUAUUAGGCCUGCAACUUGUCUUUCUCUGUUCUUGUUUGGCAGUUGUUAAUUGCUGUUUCCCCUGUGCUUCUUUAGCUUCAGUUCCGCCAUGACCACUACCAGGUGGUUAUCUGAAGUCAUGUAAGCUAUGUCCCCUUAUUGAUCUUACUUCCUCCAUGGAUCUUCAUUCAAAUUCAUUGUGAUUCCUCGCUUUUUUGGUUUGAAACAUGUUAUAAUGAUUCUGGACCCAUGAAAUCCUCAUACUAAGAGAGUUCUACGCGCUUUUUUGAACAGCAUCAGUGGGAAUCCUUGUGUUUGUGUAGCAUUUACUUCGCGACCAGAAUACAACAACAUCUUUCCGGAAUCUAAUCUUUUUUUGUCCAGUUUGUGUCGAAUGGGUUUCACUUAUACGUGACACUACCAAGUUGUAUCUCCUCAUUUCCAUAGCCACUUGACUGGUUCUCCUGGUCCCACACGUUGUCCGAAAAUUCCAUGUAUCUGUGUUAAAUGUUGCUCUAGUCGUCCAGAAGGGGCAUCGGCCUCUUAAAUUCUCAAGAACCUUGGCUAGCACUAUAAGGCGUCUUAAUUCCUCCGAAUGAAGAUCCUUGAACUCCCAGAGCAGAGUUUAAGUGGGUUUUUUCUAGUCAGCGUCUUUUUCUGAGUACGGUUAUUUUCUACGAAAUGGGGUUACUGACACCAAGUCCAAUCCUCCUCUUUUACCCAGGUUUGAGACUAGCAGUAACUCUAGAAAGUCUACAGGCAAAGAGAUUUACUCUCACUUAAUUCAGUUGGUUAAUCAAAAAUGCUGCAUACUAGUUAGUCACGCACUAGUUUUAUAUUGAACAUGUUAGAUAGUUCAUCUUAUCUAUUAAUAAACCCAUUAUUCCUUUUCAAUCAUCAACAAGUAUCAAUCUCUAAACUUACCAACCAAAACUAUUUUACAUUCUCUGAUUGAAUUAAUGUAUUUCAAUGAAAUUUGUUUUAUUCAGU